AUGGCGGCGACUUCAGCCCUCUGGAUCUUCCUGCUCUUGGUGGUGUUCGCCUUGUCGACGGAAGCGUCGUCGGCUGCAGGUAGCAGCUGGUGCGUGUGCAAGCCAGAGCUGCCGGCGGCGGCGCUGCAGAAGACGCUGGACUGCGCCCCGCUGCUCCCCGGCGGGCAGUGCCACUCCGGCACGGACACGGUGGCGACGCGCUGCUCCUACGCCGCCAACAGCUACUACCACAACGCCAAGGCCAACGGCGGCGGCGCCACCUGCGACUUCGGCGGCACCGCCACCCUCACCUCCACAGACCCCAGCUCCGGUACUUGCCGAUACCCUGCAACAGCUGCUUCUGCAUCUUCCCAGGCUGGUGCCCCGCGGGAGCUGUGGCCGUUCCUCUUGGCGAUCGUCGUCAUCUUUGUUUCUCUGUGCUGCUGUGUGGAGAUGCACGAGCAACGGCGCAAUACCUGCCGGCACUGA